GCCAUACCAGCAGUGCCACACACGCUCAAGCCACAAUGACGUCAGCAGCAGUGACCUCCUUCCUCGCGGCCGCCACACUCUUAUUGGCUGGCAGCCGUCACGUGAGCCAGGCUAAGACAGUUGUCUUGUUCUCUCUCCCUCACGCCGCUAACGUGCGCACUUACACCAACACUGGUCGCGCCCUGGCCGCGCUAGGAUAUGACGUAUACGCCCCUGUGCCGGACUUCAUGCUCAAAGACAACUCCGUCAACGUGCAGGGCAUCAACGUCAUCCGGUACGACGAGUAUCUCGGUCACUUCGACGACAAAAUCGCAGCUUUGGCCGUGGACAAAUUCUGGAGGAACCAGUCUAUGAGUAUUGGAGAUGCCCCAGGGAUUCUCAAUUUAUUCAAUGACAUGGUCACUCAGAUUUUGUCAGACAAACAACUGGUUGCAAAAAUCAAAGAAAUCAAGCCGGAUAUGUUUGUUCUUGUCAAAGUUCCUUUCUUUAGGGAUUUUGUUAUUUUAGCUUACAUGCUGAAUGUUCCCUUUUCUUUUUUGUGUCCAUUUCACGAUUAUGUUGGAUUCCCAUAAGUCUGUCAUCAACACCUUUACAACUCAAUGAUGAUUUUCUGGAGGAAGGUAUGACUUUCUUCCAAAGUCUUAAGAAUAGCAUGGCUCAUUUAGCGCUAUUCUUUCUCCACGAGUACCUAUCCAGUGACAAACUCGUUGCAAGGUUCGCACCUCACCGACCCAGAAUAUCUACCAGGGAGAUCAUGUCCCAGGCGGAAAUUUUCAUCCUGGAGAGUGACCCAAUUAUGGAUUUCGCUCGUCCGCAGCUGCCAAAUACCAAAUUCGUGGGAAGCACAGCGGGGAAUCCCCCGAAAGAACUCAAACAGCCGUUCAAAAGCUUCAUGGAGAAAUCUGUGAAUGGUGUGGUCGUGGUUACGUUCGGAAGCAGUAUUCUGGAGGUACCGGACUACAUUUCCUCCAAGAUGGUGUCGGCGUUCCUGAAGCUGAAACAGAACGUGGUUUGGCGUGUGAAACUUCAAUCUCCCGAUCCGGGUGAGAUUCUCACUUCUUCCUGGGUACCACAAAAUGACCUCCUAGGGCACAAAAACACCAAGCUCUUCGUCUCCCACUGUGGUAUGAACGGGCAGUACGAGGGAAUGUACCACGCCGUGCCAACGCUUUGCCUGCCGUUUGAGAGCGACAUGCCGUACAAUGCCCAAAGGGGUGUGGCCAAAGGUUUUGGUCUUAGGGCGGACAUCCGUGAGGUCACAGACAUACAGCUUCUAGCGCUGAUGAGAAAAAUGCUGGAGUAUAAGAAAAACGUACAAAAAGCCUUGAAUCUAUACAAAGAACUGUAUAAGCUUCCGGUCAACGAGACGGCAUUCUGGUUGGAUCACGUGAUGAAGUAUGAUGGCGCCUACAUGAGGUCAGCGGGUCAAAACAUGCCCAUGUACCAGUUUCUGGCCCUAGACGUUCUGGCGUUUGUAGCGGUUGUGAAAGUUGUUGUUGUUGUGUUGGUGUACAAGACCUGUCGCUGUUGUUGUGGCCUGUGUUGCGGCUAGAAGAGGAAAUCAAAGAGUGAUUAGUUAGCAUGUACAUGUGUGAGGCGUCGUGGUGAAAUCAGGCGCUCAUGAAAAUCCUGAAAUCGAAGAU